AUAAUAAAGUAUUCUCAUUACAGAAAGUUCGGUUUAUAUUUUCACCUUAUUAUUUUGAUGUCAUUUGCAAUAAAAAAUCUGUGCAAGUCAUUUCCAUUGAUAUUUUUGGGUAGUUUUAAUGAGGUUUCGAUGCAAAUAAUUCUUCAACGAUUUAGCAUAUGAUCAUUAAAUUAAAUACGAAGAAUGGACAUUCGCAGAAUUAUUAUAGAUGUGGAUGUGGGAACAGAUGAUUUUCUGGCAUUAAUAUACCUUAUACAUGCCGAUAAUAAGAAUAAAGUGAAAAUUGAAGGAAUAAUUUGUUCACAUGGAAAUACAGAGCUUGAAAAUGUAGUUGUGAACGUUGUACGAUUAUUAGAGUUACUUCGCAGGACUGACAUACCCGUAUAUAGAGGGGCGAAAUCUCAACUUUUAUCCACUAAAGUGGAACUUCACAAAAAAUAUCACGGAGAAGACGGUUUUGCUGAUUUGAAACACGAGCAAGUUCCAGAUAUUACAAUAGUUGAUGAUAAACUUGGGAUAAUAGCCUUACACGAUACAGUUAGUCUUUUUCCAAACAAAAUCUCGCUUAUAUGUUUAGGACCGCUCACAACUCUAGCUUUGUCUCUCAAGUUAUUCGACGAUUUGGCUUCUAAACUUAAAGAUGUUUGGAUAAUGGGUGGAAAUUUUACAGGUGUAGGGAAUUGGACGUGUUCAGCUGAAUUCAAUUUCUAUACGGAUCCGGAAGCUGCUUAUAUCGUAUUAGAAAGUUUAAAAUGUCCUAUAUUUAUUUUUCCUUGGGAAACUUGUCUUAUACCAAAAAUUCCUUUAGAUUGGCGUUUCUCAACUUUGGGAACCUCAACUCCAGAAUUAAAGCUGUUAGCAAAGGCAGAACAAAUAAUCUAUAGUAUGCAUGAUUCAGAAGAAUGGGUACCUUGUGACACAUUCCUGGUAUUCUGUUAUAUGAAUCCUGAGAAGCAUAUUAACAAGUUUUCCUUGCAUUAUGCUUCGGUUGAACUUCACGGAACGCUUACCAGAGGUCAAGUAGUUUUGGAUCAUAUAAAAAAGUUCAAACCGAACGUCACCAUUAUAGAAGAUAUUGACGCUGAAUUAUUUAAACAAGAAAUGCUAGAACUAAGAAGUGGAGAUGAUAAUGGAAAUGACGAUAUAUGAUUCACAUUUUCCUUCAUUUAUUUAAUUUUUUUUAUUGUUGUAAGUGUUUGUAGGAGGUAAUUUACCAAUUGAAAUAAAGUCAGUCUAGCAUCACAGAUUAA